UUUUGAAUAGAAUCGCUAUGAGAGCGGUCAGUGGAUGAUCAGCUGGGAGUCGACUAUCACACCAGGUUAUUGUCUGGUGCAGGGCAGCAGGAAGACUAAAGGACGACAGCAGAUCCCCAUUUACAGCAGCAUCAGCAUCAUGGUCGGUCAGGAUUUUUUACGGAGGCUGAACGUCCCCGAUCUGGAGGAAAUCAGCCAUUGCAUCAAGAAUGCCUCCGCCCCCUUGCUGGUCAGCGUGGGCGCCAUAGCUGCCGCAACAACCUACUACCUGGCAACCCGGCCCAAGGCCCUGGCGCCACUGUGUGACCUUCACAGGCAGUCAGUUGAAGUGGAGGGGGAAGGUUUGGCGCGGCGCUCUGUUUUUGCAGACGACGGUAGUUUCCUGACUCACAUUUAUGAAGACGCCAAAACGAUGUACGAGUCCUUCCUCAGAGGGAUUAAAGUCUCCCAAAACGGUCCAUGUUUGGGCUCCAGGAAACCGAAGCAGCCGUACGAGUGGAUUUCCUACGGGGAGGUCAAACAAAGAAGCGAGAACCUGGGCUCAGCUUUUCUCCAUAAAGGACAUUCAAAGAGUGUGGAUCCUCACAUCGGUAUCUUCUCCCAGAACAGGCCUGAGUGGACCAUGACUGAGUUGGCGUGUCACACAUACUCACUGGUGUCGGUUCCUCUGUACGACACGCUGGGAACGGAGGCCAUCUCUUACGUCAUAAACAAAGCAUCCAUCUCCACCGUGGUGUGUGACGUGAAGGAUAAAGUCAACCUCAUCCUUGACUGUUUCAAGGACUCAAAGCAUUCGUUAAAAACCAUAGUUUUAAUGGAGGAGCCGAAUGAAAGCCUGGUGGAGAGGGCGCGGGAAGCUGGAAUCCAGAUCCUGAGCCUGGCGGCGAUGGAGGCUUUAGGGAAGGCCAACCAUCAGCAGCCAAUUCCCCCACAACCCGAAGACAUGGCAGUGAUUUGCUUCACCAGCGGGACAACAGGAAACCCUAAAGGAGCCAUGCUGACUCAUGGGAAUAUCAUGUCGAACUGCUCGUCUUUUGUUAAACUGACAGAGUUCUGCUGUCCCAUAGAUCACACAGACGUCCACAUUUCCUACCUGCCUCUGGCUCAUAUGUUUGAGAGAGUAGUCCAGGGAUCCAUGCUGUUGCACGGAGCCCGAAUCGGCUUCUUCCAGGGGGACAUUCGGUGGCUGUUUGACGAUCUGCACACCUUGAAACCCACUUUUUUCCCAGGCGUUCCUCGACUCCUCAACAGAAUUUACGACAAGGUCUACGGGCAGGCAAACUCCUCGUUGAAGCGCUGGCUGCUGCAGUUCGCCUACAAUAGGAAGGAGGCGGAACUGAGGAGAGGUAUCGUGAGGAAAGACAGCAUCUGGGAUCAGCUCAUCUUCAAGAAGGUCCAGGCCAGCCUCGGGGGCCGUGUGCGUCUCAUGCUGACUGGAGCUGCUCCCAUCUCCCCCGCCGUCCUCACCUUCCUCAGAGUUGCAAUGGGCUGUCAGUUCUAUGAAGGAUACGGACAGACAGAAUGCACAGCUGGAUGCACCAUUACCCUACCUGGAGACUUCAGUGAAGGUCAUGUUGGACCUCCUUUACCCUGUAACAUCAUUAAACUGAUGGAUGUGCCGGAGAUGAACUACUACGCUGUAAAUGGAGAAGGAGAGGUGUGCGUCAAAGGUUCAAACGUGUUUAAAGGCUACCUGAGAGACCCGGAAAAGACGGCAGAGACUAUUGACGCAGACGGAUGGGUUCACACUGGAGAUAUUGGCAAAUGGCUUCCAAACGGCACGCUGAAGAUCGUGGACAGGAAAAAGCACAUCUUCAAGCUGGCUCAGGGGGAGUACAUCGCGCCUGAGAAGAUAGAGAACAUCUACACCAGGAGUGACGCGGUGGCGCAGGUCUUUGUUCAUGGAGACAGCCUUCAGGCAUUUUUGGUAGCUGUGGUGGUGCCUGAUCCGGAGUUUCUGUCCGGCUGGGCAGAGAGAAAGCUGAACCUGCAGGGCAGUUAUAAAGAGCUGUGUGGCAAAGAGAAAGUAAAGGCGGCCAUUUUGGAGGACAUGCUUCGGUUGGGGAAAGAAGGAGGUUUGAAGUCCUUUGAGCAGGUUAAAGCCAUCUAUGUUCACACCGAGCUCUUCUCCAUUGAGAACGGCCUGCUCACUCCAACGCUGAAGAGCAAGAGGAACGAAAUGCGUCAAUACUUCCGAUCUCAGAUAGAUGAGCUUUACCAAGAUAUCAAAAUGUAGAUUUUUCUUUAUUUGCCUAAUGACUGUAACUAUUAAAAACUUUAGAAAAGGAGAGAAGCAUUAAAAUUUAACAAAAACAAUGACUAACUGCUGUGUUUUUGUGAAAAACUGUAAAACCUGACAGAACAAAAGGUAAAUUUUUGGCCAAAAAUGUAUAUUUUUUUCAUAAAAAUGGUUCUGAACAAAUUAAAUUUCAUUUAAUAAUGAUUCUGAUGAGCUCCUCUGGAAACUCCUUACCAGGAAAAUACUCUCUCUUCAAUAUUAGACAGAUACAAUCAUUAAGUUUAUUUGUAUCACAAGUAAAGGAGAGAUGGUCUUAAUGAGAUGUUUUAUCAUAGUAAUCACACGUUUUAAUUUAAACUUUUUUUCUAUAAUUAUUGUCAUUUUUGUAAAAUAUUUAAUCAAAUAAACAAUAAAAAUGUUGUCAAAUUCUC